AUGGCCCAGCGUCGAGAUGUUGCUGGCAAACCAACCAUCAACCAGAUUCACAUGCACCUAAUUGGGGCCUUUCUCACGUUCUUUAUUGGGAAUCUCUACUUCUGUCUCCAGGUGGCACUCACCUACAAGAUACAACCAAGGCAUGGAGGGAAGUGGAUUGGCCCCGUUCGGAUAAUCUGCUGCCUUGUCUGCACAGUCUGUCUCAUCCUGUUGGUGUUGCUGCACAAUUGGAAGAGGAGAACGGCAGCGGCGAUAUGUGAAUGGAUUGCUGGAAUGGUUCUCCUCCUCCUCUUUGGACUCUUUGCCGUGGAUUUUCGGCACAUUAGCGGUCAAUACUUCCACGUCAUGCUGGAAAAGACCAGGAUCCAAAACUCAACCACCACAUUGGAGUUAUAG